ACUAACGUUAAAUUAAUAUGUUCUGAAAAGUUUGAUUUUGGACAGCUUAGUCGCAAUAAUAAAUUUUAAUUAGUCAACAAAGAAAAAUAUCAAUGUUUCAAAAAAAUCAGUUUUCUCAAUCGAAAUAAUGUUACAUUUUAGAGCUAAAGUAAAGUGAGUAUGUAACUCAACAACUAAGAGCACCAUUAUCCUGGUUUCUCUCAAUGGGUUCUAUGUUAAAUGGGCUAUUUAUUUAAAUCAAAAGGAAAAUUAAAUGGGUGUUACCGAUCCUUAAUUUGGUUAUUUGGAAACCGUUUUGAGAAGGGUUUGUAAAGGCACGUGUCAGCUUCUAAAAAAAACGUUUUAUUUUGUUUUUCUUUUCUUCCUCUCUUCGCGAUCUCCGUCUCUCUCUCUCUCUCUUCUCGAUCUCCCUCUUCUCUCUUGAUCUCCGGCUUCUCUCUUCUAUCUUCUCUAUUGAUCUCCGCCGGAGAACGCGUGAAAGCUAUCAGUCCGAUCCGUAACAGAUGAAGCCAUCCUCCGCCUCAAUCUCAUCGCCUCCUUCUCUGAUCUCGGUUCGACCGCGUCAAUCUCCUCGCCUCCUUCUCUAGCUCGUCUAGGGGAGGUAUGAUGAGGAUUGGAUCGAUCAGACAACAAGAGUCAAAUUUUUAAACUGUUUGGUCUAAACGAUCUUUAAGGCCUUCGUCCAGGUGCUGUGGCUAGGACAUUGUUUCUGUCUUCGCAAGCCCAACCUGAGACCAUUGUAGAGGUAAUUUUCCACUGAGUUAGGGUUAAAUGCUUGUCUGAGAUAUUCUUUAUUGCUCUUGUCUGGAAAGUAGUUGACAGAGGUUUAAAUGUUUGUCUGAGUUAGGUUGUGGUUUAGUGUUCAAUCCGCGUGUGAUGAAAGUAGUUGAUAGAGGGUUUAAUGCUUCGUUUAGUGUUGUAUUAGGAGUGUGAGAUAGGUAAUAAAUAUGUUAGAUUCAUGUCAACUCAUGUAAUAAAUCCAUUCUCUUCUCCUAUUUAAAUCUGAUUCCUUCUAUCUUUAUUUUCAUCUUCUCGAAAGCAUUCUUAUCUUUCUAUUGUCUGCUAACACAUUUCUUCUUUUUUCUCUCUUCUUCGAAAUUUGGCUCUAUGGAUUCAACAAAUCCAUAUACUGAGACCGGCAAUUUUGUUAACCUUCUUACAAGUCAACAAGGUUGUGUCCCUCCUCAAGCCUUUCGUUAUGAUGGUUUCUCGCAUGGUGGGGAGGUCGGAUCACCACAAGUCCCUGUCUAUGGUGAAGAGACACCACCUGAGGGACGAUCGAGGAAGAAAUGGGGUCUCACCGAGGAUGUUGUGCUUAUUAGCGCAUGGUUGAACACCAGCAAGGACCCUGUUGUUGGCAACGAGCAACGGGCUGGUGCUUUCUGGAAGCGGAUAGCUGCUUACUUUGCAGCUAGUCCAAAGGUGCAAGGUGGUGAAAAGCGAGAGUCAAUCCAGUGCAAGCAGAGGUGGCAGAAGAUAAACGAUCUCGUCUCCAAGUUUUCUGGAUCCUAUGAGGCGGCAACAAGACAGAAGACAAGUGGAAUGAAUGAGAACGAUGUAGUUAAGCUGGCACACGAGAUCUUCCACAAUGAUCACAAGUUGAAAUUCAAUCUUCAACAUGCGUGGGAGGAGCUGCGGUUUGACCAGAAAUGGUGUGAAGUAGCUAGUAGUAAGCUUGAUGGAAGCAGGCAGAAACGCAAGUGUGACGAUGGGGCUCAGUCCGAAAGCUCUCACGCAACCCCCAAUGAUGGUGAGCCACGUCCUCCUGGUGUUAAGGCAUCAAAACGAGGCAUUGGUAAGAGAACCAAUGAAGGCCUCAAGGAUGUCUCAGAGAUAAAGAGCUUGUGGGCAAUUAAGGAGAAAGAUUUGGAAGUGAAAGAAAGAUUGUCCAGGAUGGGCCUGCUUGAGACUCUCAUUGCCAAAAAAGAGCCUCUCUCUGACUUUGAAGAAGCUUUAAAGACGAAGCUUCUUUCAGAAAUGUUGGGCGGCUCAGUGUAGGUCUCGUUGUUGCUCUGUUUCAGGCGGCAACACUUACCGAAGGAGUGGAGCAUUGUGGUCUUCUGGUCUUAUGUGUCACGGACGUGGAAAAGCGGAUGCUGUUUUGUUGUUUUCUUGUGUCAGAGCUUGCUCUGUCGUUGUUGGUUUGUUGUGUCACGGAAGUAGCUACUGUUUUCUUGUUUUGUUGUGUCACGGAAGUAGCUACUGUUUUCUUGUUUUGUUGUGUCACGGAAGAAGCUUUGUGAUAUGUUUGUUGUUUUGUAGUCUCAUUGUCUUUAAAAUGAGAUACUCUUUGUGACUUUCGUAAUGAAUGUUUUCAGUUCCCCUCUA